UGAAUGACUACCUCAUCUCUGUACCCCACAUACACAAUUAUCUAUAAGGUCCCUCAGUGGAGCAGAUCAUUUCAAACACUGAUUCAAGCGCAAAUACCAGGGAUGUUUUCUAAUGCCUCGCGAAGAAUGGCACCUAUUGGUAGAUGGGUCUAAAAAAAAAGCAGACACUGAAUAUCCCUUUGCGCAUGGUGAAGUUGUUAAUUACACUUUGGGUUAUACAUCAAUACACCCCGACACUAGAAAAGAUACAGGCGUCCUUCCUAAAGCAGUUGCCGGAGAGGAAAGAAACAACUCAGGGUUUUCACCAGAGAUUAAUGGCUGCGAUAGAACUGAGGACGGAUCAACAACAUUGUAGUUACUCCACAAUACUAAUCUAAAUGACAGUGCGAUAAGUGUACUUCUCUAGGAUGGUGUGUGUCAUGUACUCAAGUAGUGACUUAAAGACAGAUAAGAGAAUUUAGAGGUCAUGCAUGUGUGUUUUAUGGUCCAGUAUUAGAGUAUUAGCGCAAUAUUCAGAUGACAGAACAAAAAUGCUCCAGCAUCUUCCCUCUGCAUGCAGGCCUGUAAAAUACAGUACUUUACUCCAGCCAUGACAAUGAGCUGCAGAUUGAGCCCACAGUUGACAGGCAGGGCGGUGAGGCGGGCCUGAAGGGUCUGGAACCGUCCCCUAAGUUUGGCCUGUUUAUUUACAGAGCAGUUAGCUAGCGAAACCAGCUCUCACAGGUACAGGAGCAGGUGAAGACCAAGAUAUACACACACAAACACACUUACCCACUAAUUUCCCCUUUUUCUGUUUUAAAUGUUCACAUACUUUGGCCUUGUGUUGACUGCUGCAGUGCCUCUCAUAUUUCACGUGCUCCCUCAUCUUUUCCUGGCAUGACACUGAAACACUGUUUCUGUGCCAGACAAGCAGCAGACUGAGCAUUAACAAGCCAAAGCACCAACAAAUCCCUCUCUCUGACCAUGUCUAUCCACACCCAUACACACUACAAACAUGUAUUUACCCGUGUUCUGAUUGGUCACACAACCUCAGUACGAGUCCUACCCUGCUCUUUUUCCAUCUAUCUCUCUGAUACAGUACAUUGGGGGUCAAAGUGUGUCAUAUCAGAGUACAGGUCAGCAGGUUGUAAUUGCAUUGUGCUGCCUGUGUUGCUGCUUGUCUCCAGACGUUUCUCAUCACAGAAAACAUUGCCCCGAGGCUAUGCGCUGGAAUGCCACAGGGGGCGCCACCGGACUGAAUGUGGCAGCAAUGGACGCCUUUACAAAUCCCUGUAUGCCUUCCAGAUAGCCCAGUACAUCACCACUCAGCUACAGAUGGCACCACAAGCACACUGUGCAGGAACCAGCUGCCAGACUGCAGCCUGGAGGAGCCCCACAGCAGUCACCCUGACAGGAGCUACGGAGACAGAUCUCUACCAGGGUGCCCUGGGGCCCGAAGAAAGAGUUCCUGCAGAGUCUGGUGAGAGCCAGGCAGUCUGGAAUACUCAGCCCUCACAGGGUGUCAGAUGCCCUCCUGUCAGGCACCAUGUCCCCUCCCCCAUCCAGCUCGGUCCCCUCCCUGGGGGUUGAGGAGUGGGGACAUGUCAGACCCAGGCGGGGAGCAUGAGGGGCUGCGCUGGCACUUCAGAUACGGAUGACAGUGGAGAGCUGAGCGAACGUGAGGCCCAGCCGCUCCGCCUCUACCUGAUCAGGAGGUUAAAGCCACGUUGCUGUGCUGAGUUUGCCCAGUACUGUGACCGCCACAGGGAGUGCGGCCUCACCCUGUCUGGGGCUGGGAGGUGGGUUUGGUUCUGAGAGAGAGGGUUUGAGUUUUGAGAAAAAACAUCUGAAGAGGUGAAUAUGGGUUAAGAUUUGGCCUUUUGAUAUGUUUAGUUUGUUACCACUUUGAGCUGAGAGGCUUUGAGUUGUGAGAUCAGCCCUUCUGUAUAUGCUAUGUAAGACCAACUGUAUUUGAUGAAAGUCCAAGAUCGGUUUAGAAAACCACUCAGGGGUCGUUUAAGUGGAACACUUUAUUUGUCGGUGUCAGUGCCAGGUACAUGCUUUGUCAGAGAAAAAGAGUCAUUUCAAGCUGGGAAAUUGGAUCUCUCUGCUCUCUUCUUCAUGAGUCACAUUUGAAGUAGUGCCAGGAGGAGGAGAGGUGGGGGGAGUGUGUGUUGUAGAGAUGAGUGAGGCGGAGGUUAAGUAAAUGACUAUCAGUGAAUCCACAGAGCGAGAGAUGGGUACAGAGAUGGGUACAGAGCAUCGGAGAGACCAGGAACCGAUGGAGUGGAUUGAGGCAUUUCUAAGCUCUUCCAACCCACUGCUUCUCUCUCCCUAGGCCUGUCCACAUUGUAUAUGUGCUCUACUGUAUCUUAGCAUAAAGAUGUGUUGAGAUUAGCCCCGUUAAAUUACAUGGAGGGUGAGGAAAUACAUGAUCUCUCUUAAGGAGCUCCACACAUACAUAGUGCCAUGCCAUUCAGCCAUAUGAAGACCAUGACAAGAUGUGGUUUGAGCAGUACCAGAAGCUGUGUGUUCUCACCCCAGUGUAUAGACCUGUCAGCAAUGUCCCUCAGGGGCCCAGACCACAGGCGGUUGGACAAUGUGCUCGUGGUAAUGACUGGAGUGGAAUGGUAUCAAAUACAACAAACACGUGGUUUCCAUGUGUUUAAUGCCAUUUCAUUUGCUCCAUUCCAGACGUUAUUGUGUGCCGUCCUCCCCUCAGGAUCCUCCACUGGCCCAGACCUUCUCCAUACCAGCUCCAGAUGGGUCUCUGUGUUUUGGUUUCGCUCUCCCUCUCUCUCCUCAUCUCCAUUCCAUGUACGAGAGGGUGAGAGAGCGGGAGAAUGAGACAGAGGAGAGAAAGGGGGUCUUUUACCUCCUCAAGGUUGUACUAGCUCACCAGGGAUGGCUGUUUGGAGCCCAAAUGGUCACCCUGUCAGCUAUCAAUCCCACCCGACCCUUAACCUCCAAUUAUUCAGUCUAGCUGAGGCGUAGUGACAGCUAGGGGAGAAGGUGAGAGGUGUUGUAAUGGCUUCUCCCUAACACACGUAUCCAUCCCCCAGACACUCCCGGUGACAGUAAUGGGAAUAAUGAGGAAGGCCUCCAAUGAUUCAGAAUGACUCAUCUGAAACAGAACUAAAGCCCACAAGACAUUGGUUAGAGGUCCUGUUGAAUUAAACAAGACAGUCAUUCAUAAAUUCUUUCUCUCUCUCUCUCUCCACUCCUCCCCUCUAUCUGUCAGUAGAAUCGAGGAGAAGAUCCAAGCCUGAAGCCUUGGGCCUGUAUUAAUUAAGCGUCUUAGAGUAGGAGUGCUAAUCUAGGAUCAGGUCCAUGUAAUCUGAUUCAUUAUGAUCUCAAAAGCAAAACAGAUUCUAGAACAGCACUCCUACUCUGAAACGCUUGGUAAAUACAGGCCCUGAAGACCUGCAUUCUGCUCCACUCCUGUCACAUUGUCAUUGGAAGGUCCAGUUCUGCGGCACUUUGUACAGCACAAACAUAAGGUCUCAAUUGAAGCGCCGUUGCAGAAUAUACAGUCCACCGAAUAGAGAAUAUAGUCUCCGCUUUAUUUUAAUGUGUCCUAUGUCUUUUGUGUUAUCUUGUCGACUAUGAUCAUUUACUCAUAGUCCUGUUUAUCAGUAAUGGUCUUCUGCUGUAAAACCACAAUGUAACUUGUGUAUUUGUCAUUUUAAUCCUUAAACCCCUGCUCAAAUAUUUGUUGACAAUAAACAACAUGGAUUUUAAAAAUACAAUACUGCAGUGUACAGAUCUGUAUAUGGAUUAACCCCCCCGGAGAGCAAGUGGC